ACCUGUGUGCAGAGCUCUGUCACUGAGGGACAGACACCUGACGACAGCCAAGAUGAAAAUCACCAACAUGACAUUCAAGGAGGGGAGUCAGUUCAAGAUCCGCAUCAAGCCCAAGGACGACUGCAAUUCCUUUGCCAUCAACAUCGGCCAUGAUUCUGAGAACGUCGCUCUGCACUUCAACCCCAGAUUCGACAGCGAAGGAGACGUGAACACCAUCGUCUUCAACUCUCUGUCCGGAGGGAGCUGGGGGGACGAGGCGAGGGAGGGGAACUUCCCCUUUGUGAGAGGGGAGGAGUGCAAGUUUUACAUCAACUUCAACAUGGAGCAGUUCUACCUCACACUUCCUGACGGUUCGAUGCUGAACUUCCCAAACCGCCUGGGAGACGUCAAGUACAAGUUUUUCGAUGUCAGCGGAGACGCGAGGAUCAUUGGCAUCAAGAUGAAGUAGAAGUCAAACUCUGGAUCUGUCCACCCUUUGUGUGUUGCUUUAAUAGUCUGUUUUACAAUAGAUAUGUGAGUUUGUAGUAGGAGGAAAUGGCCAUAAGAGGGAGCCACAGCACAUCUUAGCUCAGUGUGUCUGCUUUGACAUCUCAUCAGUCUCUGGGUUUGUUAUUAAAUGCUGUGGA